AUGAUAACUUAAAUUUAAGAAAUUCUUAGAUCAGUGGAUAUUUUUGGUUAAUCCAUAAAUUUGAGUUUUAGAUAAAGGGAGAAGUACAAAACAAGUUUUGGUGGAUUUUUGUCUAUGUGCAUGACAGCCACUAUUAUUAGCUUCUUUUACUCAAAUAUCUUAAGCUUUUUUAGCAUGACAACCGUGACUUCAAAUGAAUCAUUAAUUUAUGAAGAUAAUCCACAACUACUAAAAUUAGAUCCAUCUAUAUUUAUGUUUGCAAUUUAAAUCGAACAAUCAGACUUCAUAAAUAAUCCCUUUUUCAAUAUCACUAUCGAACAAAGGCAUUACCAUAGGUAUGAUAAUGGAACUUAAUACAAAUAUCCAUCAUAAUACAUAGAUUUAGUAUAAUGUACGUAAAGUCAUUUCGCAAGCAUAUUUGAAAAAUACAAUAUUAGCUUUGAAGAGCAAUAUAACAAAUUAAAUAUAUCUAAUUUUUUAUGUCCAAAUCUAAAUAAUGAAAAUGCAUUGAAUCUCACAAUUGGUGGUACUUGGGCAAGUACGGAUUACUACUUUUUAAAAUUUUCUGUGAAGAAUUGCGUAAACAAUUCUGAAAGUACAUUCUCUUGGAAACCGACUUGUAAAUCUCCUGAACAAGUUAAAGAGGCAACUUAGAGUGCUGGGAGCUUUAGGUUUUAACUCUAUUAAAUAAACUAUCUCAUCAAUGCACAAAAACCGAAAGACUACAUUUAACCAUUUUUAUCCACAGACACCUUUUAUUCAUUUGUUCCAAAUAGUAUGUUCAUCCAAUCCGAUAUCUUCUUUAGAUUUAAAGAAAUCAGCUCAGAUAAGGGCAUAUUGAUGUACCCAGACAUAGAAAUGGAAACCUUCCCUUAUAGAGAAUAUGGAGAUUAAAGAGAGUAGAUUUCUAUUAAUUAAUUGACUCCAAAUUAUUACGGAGCCUUUUAUUUUAGUAGAAGUCCUUACAAAUAUACCAUAUAAAGAGAUUUUAUGAGAUUAGAUGAAUUGCUAAGUUAUUUAGGAGGGUUCACUUAGUUUAUGAUAGUGAUUGUGGGGAUUUUUGUAUCGAUUUAUAAUAGAGAACAUCUAAAGAUUCAAAUGGCAAAUGAUCUAUAUGAAUUUGAUAUGAGUUUGAAAAAAUAAAAUUUGAGAAAUAUAUCUAACAGUGUAAUGAAAUCUAAAUAAAAAUAAGGAACCUAAAAAAGGUGUUCAAAUAAAAAAAUUGACUCUAUAGGCCAAUCUCCAGAUAUUUGUUUAAAUAUUGAUAAAUAAAAUGUAAUUAGUGCUUAUCAUUAAUAGGAAGGGAUUGACAAUGAGUAAUAUGAGAUUUAGAAUAUUUAAAAGAACAACCUUAUUACUAAUUAAACAGUUCCUGAUAAACCUAUGAUGACUCAGAUGAAAAAUUAAGUCUCCAAAUACUUUGAUUAAUUUUGUUAAUAUGUGAAAAAAAAAUAUAAGGUCGAGAUAGGCUUAAGGAUGAUUAUUGCAUCAUUCUUACAAUUUGAUUGUUUGAAAAAUGAUGACGGAAUUGUUGUGGAAAAGGCUAUGUAAUUCUUAGUUAUCUAUUUUAGCAAUCAAGUAAACAAAGAGUUAGAUAUAUAAUAUAUUCUCAAAUAAUUACAUGAAAUACAAAAAUUCAAAAAAUUACUCUUAGAUAACAAUCAAAUUGAUAUUUUCAAUUUCAGUUAAAAACCAAUAAUUGCCUUGUACUAAGAUUCAUAGAUGAGAAGACGGACAAAGAUUAUCAUUGGAGAUAUUGAUACAAAUUCUUAAGAAUUUGCGUUAUUUAAGUAAUUUACCGACUUAGUGAAUUCAUAUCAAUAAAUUCAGAAAUAGGAAAUGAAAGGGCAAUAUCAAUUAAUUAAUUUAAAUUAACGAUUAUUAUAAUUGCUUGGUUAAGAUUUGUCUGAAAUAUUAGAAAAAGAAAUCGCUUUAAAAGAUCAGAUAAUUUCAUGUGAAGAUGAUAGAAUAAAUCAAUUUCCAUCAGAUUAGGGAUGA